AUGAGCAUGCAUCACAGACCACAGACCCCAGACCACAGACCCCAGACCACAGACACCCAGUCGAUUGAUAUGGUAUCGGCAACGAGGACGACGGCGUUGAGUUCAAAUGGGAACCAUCACGACGAUGUGAUAUGUCUAGGAUCGAUGCCUAGUACGUGGAGCGCAUCAGCAUCUAUCACAAUCGCAUUGCCAAGAGCCGCGGCAUCCACAAGGACGAGGACAUCACCACUGGGCCAAGACUCUAACGACGAAGUAACCUUCUUAUUGUCAAGGCCAGUACCGACUGGAAGGUUUACGCGUCUAUGGUACGCAGAAGUCGGCUGA